AUGUCGAGUGUGCAUCUUCCUGCGCUGCAAGGCGCAAGCCGCAGUGACGCUCCAGCUCCCUCUCCCCUUCGCGAGGCUCGAGUACCCAUGAGCUAUCGCAUGGAUGCUUGGGACUUCGUGGACCAGCAGGACUCGUCGCCUCUUUUCAAUGGCCGUAUUCCUGCCGAGAUCCGCACUCUCAUCUUCGAAUUCACACUCGCCGAGUCUACUGUACCUGCAUUAGACCGCCCCGUUCCGCAUGCUUUCUUUGCACGUGACGACCACGAGAAGCUCGACGAUGAAGCCAACAUGGAGACGAGCCCGGCUGGCCAGGCUGACGACCAGACAGAAGAUGAAGGUGCUGUCCAGACGUCCGACUCCUCCGAGGAUCGCCCAGCGCCGGCAGUCCAGAUGCCCCCAGCCUCGUUCCUUUUUCGUUCCAGGGACGUCACGUCCGGCUGGGAUUGGCUUCGGCCUGGCUUCUCAGGACAUAGGAAAGUUCACACAGCCCUGCUGAGGACCUGUCGACGCGUUUACAUGGAGACCUACCAACUUCCAUCUCAGGGCAGCAAAAUCUUCUAUACCGCAAAGGGGCCAACUUGGUGCUCACAGUCCCCCAAUGAAUACCUCUCCGGGCUUGCCCCAGAAGCCGCUCGACACAUUCGGAACCUGCACAUUUUCCUCGAACCGUCGUUUUUUGACAGCGAGCUGGUGGAUCUGGUGACUGACUGGCCGAGCUGGGAGCACAAUGCGCCACUAGUCAUCAGUCCCUUCGUCGUCUCGCCAUACCCAACCACGCCUCGGCGUAUGCGGGCAAGCAUGCGCGACUCAUUCGAGGCCGACCAAAAGACGCUCAGCAUCGACUUCGAGACGUCAGAGGACAAGAAGAGUGAGAUGGAGACUAUCGUGGACUGGGCUCAUCAGCACUGGCGGUUCCCCGUGCUACGGCGGCUUGCUGGUGACUCCCGCGACCCAUUUAGCCGAGAAUCGCUUCGAAGGGGCCGCUUUGUCCGCCCAGUCAGCCUCGCGUCAUGGUCAGAGGACCUUGAGACCUUGACAGCGGCGGACGAGCCGGUGCAGAAAACCAGCUGGCGCGGCUUGCCCUACCACUUUGCUGAGCAGUGUCCUGUCUGCAACGUCAAGUGGGACACACCGAAUGGGACGCCUGACUGUGCGGAGUGCAACAAGAAGCAUAGACUGACAAGCCUGGGGAAAGGCCCACAGUUGCUCGUGUGGACUGUCAACUGGACGCGGAAAGUGCCGCCCAAAGACCCAGAAGCGCGGGCGAAUACCGGAGAGAGUAGCAGAGAGCCAGAGGAUCAGCUUCGGCCGGGGAGGGUUCCCGAUCCACGGGAGGACGGCGCGCCGGCCAACAGUGAGGGCAUCGAGAGUCACAUCCCGGCUAUGCUUCCCGAAGACGCGCAGCACGGUACGCGCCGUCAAAGGGAGUUGGACGAGCUGAUGAACAGGGAGGUGGUUUUGUAG